UCAUGGAACAGCAGCAGGUGGGAGGAAACGAAGAUCAAGGUGGUGGUGGUGGCAAAGCUACGACGACGAGCUUCCUCUGCAGGCAGAGCAGCACGAGGUGGACUCCGACAACGGACCAGAUCAGAAUCUUGAAGGAUCUUUAUUACAACAACGGCGUGAGGUCUCCCACCGCCGAGCAGAUUCAGCGCAUCUCCGCCAAGCUAAGGCAGUACGGCAAGAUCGAGGGCAAAAACGUCUUUUACUGGUUCCAGAAUCACAAGGCCCGCGAGCGCCAGAAGAAGCGCUUCACCGCCGACAUCCCAAUGCACAGACCCACCUCCUCCGCCGAUCACCACAUUUACGGCAAAUUCCCUAACAUAAACCCUGGGAAUUUUGCGUCUUCAUCUGCUUCCUCUGCGGGUGGUAAUUUGCUGAAUGUUGGAGGCUAUGGGUAUGGAUCUGUGGCCAUGGAGAAAAGCUUUAGGGAAUGCUCCAUAACACCAAAUGCAAAUGUGGGAGGGCAGAAUUUUGCAUGGAUUGGGGUUGAUCCCUACUCUUCUCCCUACCCUUUUCUCGAAAGGAAAAGAAGCAUCAACGACCAAACCCUAGAAACAGCUGAGGAGGAUGAGGAGGAGGCGCCGGAGAUCGAGACCCUCCCGCUCUUCCCUAUGCACGGCGACAUCAAGCAGGACUUCAACGGGUGGCACCAUCGCGGCGACGAUGCCAUGGCCGCCGGUUCUAGGACUUCGUUGGAACUUAGCCUUAACUCCUAUGCAGCCGGAUUCCCUCACUAGGGCUUCAAUA